UCGUCGUCGACGUGUGUAGGAAUGUCGGCGGCCGGAGCGUCGUCGCGUAUGUUUAGGUUCAAAAAGUCCAAAGACAAGGAUAAGGACAAGGACAAGGAGAAGGGCAAGAAGAAGAAGGACAAAGACAAGGACAAGAGCAAGGAUAAGGACAAGAAGAAGGACAAGGACAAGAAGAAGAAGAAGAAGAAGGGCAAGGUGGGAGACGAUGAUGAUGACAUGCCCAACAUUGCGGGCCUCUCGCUGGAGGACAACAUGUUUGAGCUCAACAUUGCCGAGUUUGACCUCAUUUCGACCAUCGGGACGGGCACGUUUGGACGGGUCUACCUCGCACGGCACAUGACGACGUCCAAGUACUACGCCAUGAAGGUGCUGAAGAAGGUGGAGGUUGUGCGGCUGAAGCAGGUCGAGCACAUCACGUCGGAGAAGAACAUCCUCUCGGUCAUCCACCAUCCGUUUAUUGUCAACUUGUUCGGGGCGACGCAGGACGCCAAGAAUCUGUACAUGCUCCUCGAGUACGUCAUUGGAGGUGAGGUCUUUACGCACCUGCGGCGCGCUGGCAAGUUCCCGCCGGACGUGACUAAGUUCUACACGGCCGAGAUUGUGCUCGCGCUGGAGUACAUGCACUCGCUCGACAUCAUCUACCGUGAUCUCAAGCCCGAGAACUUGCUCCUAGACUCGAACGGGCACAUCAAGAUCACCGACUUUGGCUUUGCCAAAAAGGUCGAGGACCGGACAUGGACCCUCUGUGGGACGCCCGAGUACCUCGCUCCCGAGAUCAUCCAGUCCAAGGGCCAUGGCAAGGCUGUAGACUGGUGGGCCCUCGGCAUCCUCGUCUAUGAGAUGCUCUGCGGCUACCCGCCGUUCUUCUCCGACAACCCGUUCUCCAUUUACGAGGCCAUUCUCGCCGGAAAGAUUGCCUUCCCCUCGCACCUCGACUCGGCCGCCAAGGACCUCAUCCGCAACCUGCUCAAUGCAGACCUGACCAAGCGCAUCGGCUGUCUCCGCAAUGGUCCCGCAGACAUCAAGCGCCACAAGUGGUACAAGUCUAUCGACUGGGACGCCCUACUCGCCAAGCAGAUCCCGGCGCCCAUCAUCCCCGUCACCACCUCGCCGGGUGACACCUCCAACUUUGACCAGUACGAGGAGGAGCCCGACGACCCGAGUGAUCCCAACGGCGAGGAUCCGUUUGCCGAGCUCUUUGCGGGCUUUUAGUCGUCGCUGUGUGAUGCCGCGACCAGCCCCCCCCCCC